AUGGCACAUCAGCGGGCGGAUCAGCAAGCAGAUGAGAGCCUAAACUUUGAGGAGCAGAUCCUGGAAGCUGCCAAAUCUAUUGCUGCAGUCACAAGCACCCUGGUAAAAGCAGCCUCAGCAGCCCAGCAAGAAUUAGUGGCCCAAGGAAAGACUGCUGACAAUGCAGUGAAGAGAGCAUCUGUGGUAAAGGCAGCACAGAAGGCAGCUGCCUUCCAGGACCACAACAAGACAGUGGUGCUGAAGGAGAAGACGGUCAGAGGAAUUGCACAGAUCAUUGCUGCCCAAGAGGAAAUGCUGCACAAGGAGCAGGAGUUGGAGGAGGCACAGAAGAAGCUGGCCAUGAUCCGGCAGCAGCAGUACAAGUUCCUGCCCUCAGAGCUGUGGGAUGAGGAGCAGAACUGA